GAGACACGGGCCUUCCUGCGUCCAGCCCUUUGAUCGCGCCGCCACCCCAGGUCCCCUCCCUCGGUCCCGGGGCCCCUAUAACUAGAGGCCCUGCCCCUCCCGGCGGCGCACUGGGGUCGGGCAGCGAUGGCCACAGCGGAGUCCAGCCAGCUCCAGUUCGGGGAGAGCGCCGCGUCCCCCCUCUACCGGCCCGCCCACGCCGGCGGGGCGUUCCUGCCGCCCCCGAGCCCGGCCGCUGCCCUGCUCCCCUCGCGCCCCUCGGGCCUCGGCUCGGAGCGCGGCGCCCCGGCAGCCUUCGCGGGCUUUCUUGGGAGGGGUCCCGGGCCCGCCGCGCCUCCCCACGCCGGCCUGGGCCCGCCUGCGCCCCACAAAGGCGCGGCCGUCCCGUCGGCGUCGCAGCGCCGCAAGCGCACGUCGUUCAGCCCGGAGCAGCUGCAGCUGCUGGAGCUCGUCUUCCGCCGGACCAUGUACCCGGACAUCCACCUGCGCGAGCGCCUGGCCGCGCUCACCCUGCUCCCGGAAUCCAGGAUCCAGCAGUUUCUCUCUCCCUUCUUCCAGGUGUGGUUCCAGAACAGGCGCGCCAAGUCACGUCGUCAGAGCGGAAAAUCCUUUCAAUCUUCAGCCAGGCCGGAGCUUUUCCUCCACCACUCUGCUUGUGAAACUGAAGUGAAAUAUUUGAAGCCCCAGCAGCCUCUGGAGGCAGAUGUGAACUGCCUGCCUGAUCCCAACAGGGUUGGAGGGGGCAUGUCUGACCCUAGCUCCCAAGGUCAGAAUUUUGAAACCUAUUCUCCUCUCUCUGAAGACAUUGGUUCAAAGCUGGACUCAUGGGAAGAACACAUCUUUUCUGCCUUUGGUAACUCUUGAGGAAUCUGGGAGAAUUCAGGAUAAGCUCAGAGGAACCAUAACUGACAGCCAGGGAGAUACACAGUAGAAUACUGCCCUUUCUGGGUUCCAUGUUAAGUUCACAUCCAUGUUAACCUUGGUAAUGGUUUUGAGUUAUCGCUCACCUGUGAAGAUUUCGUCCUUCUUGCCCAUGAACCUUUGCCUAUAGCCUGUUCUUUCUUCGUAGGACACGCCCCUUAGGAGUUCUGGCCAUUUAUUUUUACUAGUGCAUCUCCAUAUCUGUGCAUUCAUUUUGGUACACAUACCUGCUCCUUACCAGUCCUGUUGCUAUUUUUUGGAUGGGUUAUUUAAACUUAUCUUCACAAGAACUCCUUGGUUCGACUCGGUUUCCCCAUGUGCUUGACAGCUACUGUCUACAUAUGGUUCUUCCAAGGCUUGCAACCUUAAACUCAUGCUAACCAUGCUCCUUCAAUCCUCAUCCUAUCACCCAGAUUUACUACUUUUUAAAUUUGGCUUUUCAGCUUUACACUCAUUCGUAGCUCCGAUGAUUCUCUGUCCAGAUUAUUCAAGAGCCCCCUGCCUCAAGUUUCUGAACUUUCAAAAAACUACUCUCUUUAGAAAUCUUUAGGAGCCUCCAAUUGCUAUAAAAUUAUAAAAACCUUUUGGUUACUCUUCCAGC